AUGUUUCUCAACAUUCCCUUGCUGGACGACAUCUUCAAGGGUCGUAAGAAUAAUCGCAAGCAGCCGUUGGAAGAUUAUGUGGAUCGUUUGCAUUACAGUGUGACAGUUUACGUCCUUUGCAUAUUUGCGUUGCUGGUCGGCGCGAAACAGCACUUUGGAAAUCCCAUAGAUUGCUUUAUCUCGGCUGAUUACGAUAAAGUGCGCACUUGGCAAGCCUAUAUACUUGAUUACUGCUUCAUGCAAGGUACUUACCGCUAUGAACUUGGCAUUAACAGAACCACACCGUACUUGAAUGGACGUGACCCAACGAACACGAACUUUAUUUCGAUCAAAUACUAUCAGUGGGUCCCGUUCUUUUUCGCCUUUCAGCUGUUGUGUUUCAUGGUGCCUGAUAUUUUCUGGAUCUAUGUGCAAUCGUAUUUAUAUAUCGAUAUGUCCAUGGUAGUGACAGAAUGUUCAGAGCUUAAUGCGGAGAAGCGGUCGAGUAAUCGUUCUUCAAAAUUGGGUAAUAUCGCGGAUUAUAUAUUCAGCUACUUCUACUACAGGAAAAUUGCUCGUCGUGGCUUUAUCUCCUCCGUCUUCCGUAUGCCAGCCGUGGCGACUGUUUUCUACGGUAUUACGAAGUUCCUUUACCUGAUGAACGCCGUUCUUCAGCUCUAUCUCACUACUUACUUUCUCGGUUUUCCCGAUAUGCGUUGGGGCCUUCGAAUGAUGCUUGCGUUUCUGACGAGGAAGACUUUUCCACGUAUGAUUGGCGGUAUUCGUAUACCUAAUCAUGGUGGCAUGGCCCGCUUCCCGUACUUCCCACUCGAAGUGUUUUGCAAUUACACCAGGAUGGUAGAGAAUAAUAAUCUGCACACCAGUUCAACGCAAUGUAUGAUCCCGUUGAACUAUAUUAACGAGAAGCUCUUUUUGUUUCUAUGGUUCUGGAUUGUUAUCCUGAUAAUGGUCACCAUGGUCAACAUCGUGUUGUUUGAAAAAGGUGACGAAACGCUCCUCAACGAUAAGCAUGGUUUGGCCACGAAGUUUGUCCAUGGAUUCAUGGGCGCCGACGGUGUGCUGCUGACGCGUUUCAUGACCAACAAAGCGGGAUCGUUGGCGUGUCGUGAUGUCGUACAGCGAGUAUGGACCAAAUAUGCCCACGAACGCAUCGCAGCGCUGAAGGCGGACAGUGACGACGAAUGGAGCGUACCGUUCAGCGAAACAUGUUACUCGGGAAUCCCUCCCCGCUACUACGCCCUAUCACGACGAAGAUCGCAAGAAAUCACGUUGAACAAUGAGAAGCAUUAG